UAUAAAGCACGAUACACCCCUGUAAGCGGUUUAGGGCGUAAAAGAAGAAACGAAGCCGUAGAAGAGGGCUCCUUCUGGGUGGUGCAAACUUAUCUUUAACUUCUCUAGAUGGAUCGGUACCAGAGAGUGGAGAAGCCGAGAGCGGAGACGCCAAUCGACGAGAAUGAGAUUCGGAUUACAAGUCAGGGGAGAAUGCGCAGCUAUAUCACUUAUGCCAUGAGUCUGCUACAAGAGAGAGGUUCAAAUGAAAUUGUGUUUAAGGCAAUGGGAAGAGCUAUCAACAAGACUGUAACCAUGGUGGAGUUGAUAAAGAGAAGAAUUGUUGGACUUCAUCAGGUUACGGCUAUUGGAUCCACUGAUAUAACUGACACAUGGGAGCCCUUGGAGGAAGGCCUGCUGCCUUUGGAAACUACACGACAUGUGUCAAUGAUUACAAUAACCCUUUCAAAGAAAGAACUGAAUACAUCUGCCCUUGGGUACCAGCCUCCAUUACCUGCUGAACUGGUGAAGGCCUAUACAGAGUUUGAUCAUGAUGGAGAGGGCUCACCAAAUGGUCGAGGUAGGGGUCGUGGGGGCAGAGGACGUGGAAGGGGGGCUAGAGGGAAUGGUUUUGUGUCAGCGGAUUAUGAGGAUGGAGGUUGGGACCGCAAUCGAGGCUAUGGGAGGGGUCGUGGUCGAGGUAGGGGCCGUGGUUUCCGUGGCCGUGGAAGGGGAGGAUAUAAUGUAGGAGGAUAUAACGGACCUCCAGUUGAUGCACAGCAAGAUGGAGGCUACUAUCAUGAAGCCCCUGCUCAAGGCCGUGGUCGUGGUCGUGGAAGGGGUAAUCGUGGAAGGGGCCGCGGCUUUAGGUCGAAUGGUCCGAUCCAGGCAGCAGCAUGAGAUGUGCGCUGGGCUUCUCUCCCUUGAAAUUUGUGCAAGCAGUGUUUGAUGCCUUCUCCAUUUCUAUGUUAUUAUUAGUUUGUUUUUUGGUUCCUGUUUUUGUGUCUCUCUCUCUUUUAACUUUAGGACAUGUUAUGUUAACGUACAACCUCUUAGACUAAAUGUUAUUAGCUUCGGACCAUGGGCCUCGCCAGGUAACCCCUUUUUAAAUUGGUUGAUUGUAGGUGAGACAGUUUAAACAGUUGUAGCUUUUUUACUUGAGCAGCAAUUCUUUUAUUAAACGACUUUAAAUUGCGCAUUU